UGUCAACGCCGCCGGCCUAGCCCUCACCUCCCCUUGCCGUCUUCUUCCUGUCCCUCGUCGCCCAUUUUUUCGCCCCGACCGGCCGGCGCCGCAUUCCCCGAUGCCAACCCAGAUCCGGCGAUGGGCAACAGCGUGGCGAGGCUGGCCACGCCCUGCUUCGCGCCGCCCGACGACGCGCACCACGACACGGCAGGGGCGGCGGAUGACGAUGGCACUACCGGCGUCUGCCACGUUCUUAGCUUCGAUGGCCGCAUCCACGGCGUGCUGCUGCCGUCGAACCAGUCCACGGCGGGCGGCUCCGUGCUCCUGACCGACCGGGCGUCCUUCUCCGGCUCCUCGUCCUUCGACAGCUCCAACUCCUUCUCGUUCCGGACGCUCCAGCCGCACCAGUACUCGGGCCCGCUGGACGGCGGCAGCAGCAGCAGCAGCGCGUCGACGUCCGCCACGAACUCGGGCGUGUCGUCGGUGCCGCGUCGCACCGACGACCAGAUCCUCGCGGACCUCUACGCCACGCGGCACCGGCGGCAGCAGCAGGCGUCCAGCCCGCUGCCGCUCCUCGGCGGCAUCCGCAGGGCCGUCGCGUCGCUGCUGCGCGCGGGCCCCUGCGUGCCCCCGUCCCCCAAGCAGGAGCACGCCGCGGCGAAGGUGCAGUGGGCACGCGGGAAGGCCGGGGAGGACAGGGUGCACGUGGUGGUGUCGGAGGAGCACGGCUGGAUGUUCGUCGGCAUCUACGACGGCUUCAACGGGCCCGACGCCACCGACUACCUCGUCGCGCACCUGUACGCGGCCGUGUGCCGCGAGCUCGAUGGCGUGCUGCGGCUGCACGCGGACGAGCCUGCGGAGGCGGGGCGCAACGGCGGCGGCCGUGCCCUCGCGGGGGAGCAGGGGCGCCACCACGACGUGCUGGACGCGCUGGCGCGCGCCCUGAGGAGCACGGAGGCCGGGUACUUCGCGGAGGCGGAGGCGCGCGCGGCCGAGUGCCCGGAGCUGGCCAUGGUCGGGUCGUGCGUGCUGGUGGCGUUGGUCAAGGGCGCCGACGUGUACGUGAUGAACGUCGGCGACAGCCGCGCCGUGCUGGCGCAGCGGGCCGAGCCCGAGCCCGACCUGUCGCGGGCGCUCGUCGCGCCGCGCCAGGGCGGCGGCGGGGUGGACCUCGCGGGCGUCAAGGACGAGAUCAGGCGGCAGUUCAACGCGUGCGAGACGGGGGACCUCGCCGCGCUGCAGCUCACCAUGGACCACAGCACCAGCGUCUACAAGGAGGCGAGAAGGAUCAGGAGCGAGCACCUGGACGACCCUGCCUGCAUCGUGAACGGAAGGGUGAAGGGCUCGCUGAAGGUGACGAGAGCAUUCGGAGCCGGCUACCUCAAAGAGCCGAGGUGGAACGAGGCUCUGCUGGAGGUAUUCCGGGUGAGGUACGUGGGGGCGUCGCCGUACAUCAGCUGCCGGCCGUACCUCCGGCACCACCGCGUGGGCCCGCGGGACAAGUUCGUGGUCCUCGCCUCCGACGGCCUGUACGACUACAUGAGCAACGAGGAGGUGGUGGCGCGGGUGGAGGCCUUCACCGCCAGCUACCCCGACGACGAGGACCCCGCCAGGUUCCUCAGCCACGAGAUCCUCCUCCGCGCCGCCAACCAAGCCGGAAUGGGGUUCCAUGAGCUGCUCCAGGUUCAGCAAGGCGACCGGAGGCGGUACCAUGACGACGUCUCCAUCAUCAUCAUCCCACUGGGGGCUUGUUCGGUUAUACCCCAAUCCAUAUGGAUUGAAGGGGGUUGAGGGGGUUUCAAUCCCUAGCAAGUCAAAAUCCUUCACAAUCCGUAUCGAUCCCCUUCAAUCCAUAUGGAUUGAAAAUAACCGAACAAGCCCUGGAGGGGAAGAUUUGGAGCUCAUGAUAUUAGGUUCCUUAAGAAUUAUUACUGUCAUACUGAUGAUCAAUGGCACUGUAAUCGUGGUAGCAUGCAGUACACUGGUUAUUAUUUGCAAUGUACACUGUAAACAAGAACGAACAGACUAACUCUUUUUUGAGCAAAAAGUUUUGGCGGCAUUUCUCUUAAC